AUGGAGUUAGCCAGCAACAAAGGAGGUCGGAAAUGCCAUCAUGAGGGAUUUUCGUACAACUUCGAUCGAUUGUCAGCGGACGGAUCAAUCGGCUUCUGGCGUUGUGACCAAAGAUCAACGUGUGGGGCGAGACUCCACACUGCGGGCAACGUCAUUGUAAGAAAAAUCGUCGAACACAAGCACGACGCAAGUCCAGCGGUGAACCUGGCCAGAGAAGCAAUCGCAGCAAUGAAGACGCGAGCGGAGGAGACUGUCGAGAGCACCACUCAAAUCCUUCAUGCGACUCUGGAGCUACUACCCCAGCACGUUCUUGGCGUCAUGCCCCGGCAGGGUGCUUUGAAAAAGUGUAUCCUGUAUAAGCGAAAGACAGAACAUCGGGCUCCUGCAGCUCCUGCGUCGUUGACCGAGCUCGAGUUCGCUGAUGAAUAUACGACCUACAAAGUUUUGCCGAACUCUGCCGCAGAAAAGUUUUUGUUGGCCGACAGUGGACCAAGUCCGAAUCGUAUCGCCGUGUUCGGGAGGGAAACCAACAUUGACAGAUUCAGAAGGUCUUCGAGAUGGUUUGUUGAUGGGACUUUCUCGAUCUCCCCACCUCUAUUUUACCAGGUGUACAUUAAUUCUGACAAGAGCGGGGACACCUACACGAGAAUGUUCACGAUGUUAAGGAGUCUUGACGAUGAAAUGGAAGCCACGAUGCUGAGCUGCGAUUUCGAAUUGGCGGCGAUAAAUAGUAUGCGCAAAAUUUUCCCGAACGCUCACAUAGGGGGAUGUUUUUUCCACUUGGUGCAAAACCUGAGGAAGCAGGUUGCAUCGAAAGGCCUACUGAGUCGCCACAAUAACGACGCUGAAUUCCACUGUAACUCGAAAAUGAUCGUAUCAUUAGCUUUUGUGCCGAUUGACUCCAUCGGAGAGGCAUUCGAAGCUUUGUCGGACUUCUUGCCAGAGGACCUACAUCCCAUCCUCGAAUGGUUUGAAGAUAGCUACAUUGGGAGACGUGACCGUAGAGGGCGACGUCGUGCGCCCCGAUUCCCCCCUCCAAUGUGGAAUAAGUAUGAACUCACGCUGACGGGAGGUCCAAGGACAAACUCUAGCAAUGUGUCUUAUCAGGUUCGGCUCUCGCUGCCCAAGCAAAUCUGA